CAGUUUUGUUGUAGUUGAUUAGAAUCAGUUGUAAGCAAUAAUGAGUGGAAUGGGCAAAACUGGUGGAAAAGCACGCGCCAAGACUAAAACUCGUUCCUCUAGAGCUGGGUUGCAGUUCCCUGUCGGUCGUGUUCACAGGCUUCUUCGCAAAGGCAACUACGGCGAGCGCGUUGGUGCUGGUGCUCCAGUUUAUUUGGCCGCUGUACUCGAGUAUCUCACUGCUGAGAUUCUGGAAUUGGCUGGAAACGCUGCUCGGGACAAUAAGAAAACACGUAUUAUUCCCCGUCAUCUCCAGCUAGCGGUGCGCAACGACGAGGAGUUGAACAAACUUUUGGGUGGCGUGACCAUCGCUCAGGGCGGUGUGUUGCCCAACAUCCAGGCCGUGCUGUUGCCCAAGAAAACUGAGAAGCCAGCCAAAACCAAAUAAAUUAACUUUA